CCUGAUCUUGAUUUUAUGAUCAAGAAUUUAGAAUAUCGGAUGGAUGACACCGCCCACCACCCUUCAUUAACACCAACAAAACACAGCAGACAAAAGGAAAGAAAAAGAAGCCUCUGUCGCUUUAUUUCCGCGCUUUCAUAGAUUUUCUCGCCGCAUAAAACUUGCAAACACUACACUAAACUCUCUCUGAGUCUCUCUCUCUUGUCUUUUUUUUUUUUUUUGAGUUUUUAUUUUCCAAAAUUCGGAGCUCUCUUUGGUUCCCUGUCCUUCUCCUUGUCUUUUCCUAAAAAAAAAAACACCCAAUAAAAAAUAUCUCCCUUAUCACUUCUCUCAGCUCAAUUUCCAUCAAGCUGAAGAAGUGCUAUUUAGCUAAAUUAUGCAAGGGCAUUCGGCAUUUUGUGAAUAGAAGAGAGAGGGGAUACUGGUUCGUAGGCGUGGUGGGACUUCUGCGAGCUCAGCGUCCUCUCUCAUUGUCUUUUUUUAGCUUAGAGAGCUUUGUUCUUGAUGCAUAUGCAUAAUCAGAACGUUGUGCUUUAUUGAUAAGGUUGUAUAGAGGGUUUUAACUGAAGGAGGAAGCUUAAAACUUAAUAUUAUGGGUUCUGUUUGCUGCUGCUUGCACGCUGAGGAUUUUGAGGACUAUACAAAUCCAAAUAGUAAUGUAUGUAGAAACUGCGUGUGCCUUAGUUGCUUUGUUCAGAAUUUCCUACACGUGUAUACCACAUUAUUUCAAAGAGGGGAGCUGCAUUCUGUCCCUUCAUCCAUUCAGGGGACAGCAUCUGUGGACUCUUCUGCAUCACUAGACAACUCACUGUCUGACAUGUACCGUUCUCCUGCAAGGCCCUUGCCUUAUGAUGCUGACACCAGAUAUUUCCGCUUACAACGUGAUGGUCUUUUUUCAAGAUGCGAGAAGGGUUCGAGUCAUUCACAAGAGGAAUCAGAGCCUUUAAGAGGUGAAGAUGCUGCAGAUUCAGAAACUUUGAGUACAGGAGACAAAUGGAAUUCUUGUGAACAAGGCUCAAAAGAGCAGCAUUCUAAAUUCUCACAAAAACUCUCAUCAGCAAAAGCAGCUGCUGUAAUUGGGUACAUCUAUUCAUCAGCAGAAGAGGAGGAUGUCUGUCCAACAUGUCUUGAAGAAUAUUCUCUAGAGAAUCCCAAGAUAGUCACAAAAUGUUCCCACCAUUUCCAUCUUGGUUGCAUUUAUGAAUGGAUGGAGAGAAGUGAAAACUGUCCAGUCUGUGGAAAGGUUAUGGUGUUCAAUAAAACGAUUUAAUCUCGCUUAAAAUGUUUCAUUGUGGAUGAAAACCAGCAACAACAGAAGACAGAACCAAAAAAAGGCAUCUAUGGUCCUUUGUAAAUACUGCAAAGUAAAGUUUGUCACAUACCGUAAAUAUGAAAAAUGUUCUGUAUAAAGAUUGUAAGUUCAUUCUCUUUGUAACCCUUUAAGUGGGGAAAAAAGAAAUCAUGCAUAAACAAAAAAAAGGAAAAAAAAAAGGAAAGAAAUCAUGCAUGAUCGCUGAAAAUCUCACUAAAAGUUCCGAGAAUAGUUUGUUUAUCAAUGGGAAAAUUGUGGAUUUGAGGAA